CUGAGCACCUACCCUUGGUCCCUCCCCCCAAAGCAAAGCACCGACGCUUUAGCUUUCUUUCUCGUCUCUCUGGCUCCCUCCCAUCCCAUGCGAAAGCUCCCUCUCAACAACGAAGAAGGGAUAAAAUUUUGUCGCAACCCGACUCGGGUUCCUGCAGCACGCAAAACACGCCGGGUAUACUCAUCAAGCAGCCAACGGAAGGGAAACCAGGGAGACAAGUGAAUCCAGCUCGAUUAGUGGAACUCGUCCCACCCCGUCGCUUUUCCGGCAUUGCCCUGCCAUGGGAGGCGGAGUGGAGGCCGACAGUGCUGCUCCGGCGCUGCAGGUCAUUGUCCUGGGCUCAGGCGGCGGCCCGCAUGAAUCCAACACCACAGCCUUCCUCGUCAGAUCCCUAGCUUCGGGAUGGCGCAAAGGCUCUAUAGUCGCCGUCGAUGCUGGUGUGCAUCUCAGCGCCAUUUCGCAGAUCCUUGAGAAGACGCAGCCCCCGGAUCUCGGCCAGACCGAGGAACUAUCCCUCCCGCACACCCUCACAUCGGGGCCCUUCGCCGGCCUCGAGGUCCCCCACGCCUCCGCCUCGGCCAACGCCGCCCACGUCCACAGGACCCUUAUAGACACCUACCUCAUCACGCACCCGCACCUGGACCACAUCUCCGGCUUCGUCAUCAACACGGCCGGCCUGCCGGGAUCCCGGCCGAAGCGCCUGGCCGGCCUACCGAGCACCAUCGCCGCCUUCAAGACGCACAUCUUCAACAACGUCAUCUGGCCGAACCUGAGCGACGAGAACAACGGCGCCGGCCUGGUGACGUACAUGCGCCUGGUCGAGGGCGGGUCCCCGGCCUUUGGCGACGGCGACGACAAGGGCUACCUCGAGGUCAGCGACGGGCUCGCCGUCAAGACCUGGGGCGUCAGCCACGGCCACUGCAUCGAGCGGCACAGCCACCGCGGCAGCGGCAGCAGCACGCGCUUCGGCAGCGUCGACGCCGGCGCCGCUGGCGGGCCCUUGGGCGUGGGCAUGGGCGCGAGCAUGGCUCUGGCCUCGCCUAGGGGGAUGGCCCACCACAACAGCCCCAACCUGAGCGCCUUCAUCCAUCAGCAGCAGCAGCAGCAGCAGCGUGACCCGUUCAACUCGUCGCAGCAGGGCGGCGUCCUACCCGGGAGCGUGGCCGCGAGCGGGGUCGGGCGGAGGAGCUCAGCGUCCGCGGGAGGUCUAGGAGCUAGCGGACUCCCGACAGGCGAGUCGGUGUGCGUGUACGACAGCAGCGCGUACUUCAUCCGCGACAUGGCGACGGGGCGCGAGGUCCUCAUGUUUGGCGACGUCGAGCCCGACAGCAUCAGCCUCAGCCCGCGCAACGGCCAGAUAUGGCAGGAAGCGGCGCCUAAGAUCGCCACGGGCAACCUGGUCGCCAUCUUCAUCGAGUGCAGCUACGACGACUCCCAGGACGUCGACCGACUCUUCGGCCACCUCGCCCCACGCUUCGUCAUGGAGGAGAUGGCCGCGCUCGCCGACGAGGUCGGCGCCGCCAGGCGGGCCCUCCGGCAGCAACAGCGGCAGGACGGGUCCAGGGCCGGCUCCGCCACCCCGAGCGUCGGCAGCGCGGACAAGAAGAAGCGCAAGCGCGACGGCGCGGACGACGGCAGCCUUGCGAGGAAGGCGGCGACACGGGCUGCGUCGGGCUCGGCGGCGGCGGCGGCGGCGGCGGCGGCGGGAGGAGAACGGGGAACCCCAACACGAGCGGCCAUGGACGACCCCGUCUCGCCGAGGACGGUCAAACCUGUGGGCGGCAGCCUCGCACAACCCCGGCCCGACGAGCAUACCUCCGCUGGCACCAGUUCGCCGCAUAUCACGACCCCGACGGCGGCGCUCACGCUCAUAGAUGUCGAGCUGCCGCCGCCCGUGACACCGCUGAAUGUAGUUGUCCACCAGCAGCUGCAGUCGCAACAGUCGCAGCAGCCUGCGCCCCCGGAGCCUCUCCCGCUCAAGGGCCUGAGGGUCGUCAUCAUCCAUAUGAAGGACAAAUUGAACGACGGGCCGCACAUCGGGGACAUCAUCCUAGGCGAGCUGCAGGAGUACGAGAAGGAGGCCCAGCUGGGGUGCGAGUUUGUCAUCUCUAGCGAGGGCCAGCCGCUGUACUUCUGAGCUUUUUUUUUGGCGUUGGCUGUUUACGAUUCGGCCGGUGCGGAGUCUUGUACUGGGGUUGGAGUGAUGGAUCGGUUUUUUUUU